AUGCUAUCUAUAUCAUGCACAUUUAUUGGUAUAUGUUUAUUCAUAUUGGGUUCAUCAAGCAAUGGAUUAUGUAUAUUAGUAUUUCUUCGAAAGCAAUUUCGUUAUCGUAUUAUAACACCAUAUUUUAUUGUUUUAUUAUCCGCUGAUUCAAUUUAUUUAUUAUUUCGCUUACUGAAAUUACCUUAUUAUUCACAAACACUAUUUAAACUUCCUAGAAAUACGGAAGAAUCAUGUUCAAAAACAUUUCUUGCGCGAGUAUUUGAACAUGCAACACAAACAUGGCCAGAACCAUUUGUUCCAUUGGUUCAUUAUGAGACCUAUAUGCGUUUUUCGUUAAUAUUAAUGUCAAUCAUGUCAGUUCAACGAACAACAUUUAUAACACGUUCAUUAAAAUGUUUCGUUCUACCAUCAACAUUUACCGAUAAACAUAAAUAUAAAUCGACGCUUCUACUCAUUGUGUCCGCUUUUAUAUUUGCAUAUAUAUUUGAAUUUGCUGGUUUAACCUUAUUUUGUUCGAAAUCAAACAAUCGUAAUAUAACAUAUGAUUGGUUUGUCUACAUGAAUAAAUAUAUGGAAAAUACAACAUAUAUUUUAACAAAUACAAUAACUGAUGAACCAAAAGCUUUAAGAUGUGUUAAUUACGCAAUAAAGAAUUUUCAAAAAAAUAAAACACUGUUAAUAGGAAAAAAUCCAGUGUGUACUCACGAUCGAUUAAUAGAUAUUUUAACAUACUAUUUUGACCUACAUCAAAAGCCGAUUGUUAAUUUAAUACAAAAAAUUAUACUUAAUCAAACAGGCCAUCGAAUCUCACGCAAUGAAAUACGACGCAAAUAUCAUUUUCAUGAAUGUAUUUUUCCUCAGCAAGCAAAGUUUUUUCAUCGUUAUUAUAAUUUCAUGUAUAGCCGUAUGUUUGCUUUCAAUCGACAUACAUUACUUUUAGGUAAGAAUUAUAAUAGUAUUUAUAAUAAUCAAAAGAAAUCUUGA